AUGACGAGCACGGAGCACGCUUGGCCCGAACCCGUGACCCGGGUCCAGCAACUGUCGGACAGCGGGAUCCGGGUCAUACCCGACCGCUACGUGAAGGAGCCCGUGGACCUACCGGGUGCAACGACCAGCGAUGGUCCCGACAUUCCGGUCGUUGACAUGGAGGGGUUGAGCUCCGGUGACGCCGAGGUGCGGCGACGGACGGCGACGCUGAUUGACGAGGCGUGCCGUGAGUGGGGGUUCUUCCAGGUGGCGAACCACGGCGUCAGCCCUGACCUCAUGGCGCGCUGCCGCGAGGCGUGGCGCGAAUUCUUUCAGCUCCCGCUAGCGGAGAAGCAGAGGUACGCUAAUUCGCCAGCGACAUAUGAGGGCUAUGGCAGCCGGCUCGGCCUCGAGAAGGGGGUUUCUCUAGACUGGAACGACUACUUCUUCCUCUAUUUUCUUCCCAUUGGGGUCAAAGACAAGAACAAAUGGCCAACUUUACCCGUUGGGAUCAGGGAAUUGGUUGCGGAGUAUAGUAGAGAAGUGGUGGAAUUGUGUGGGCAAUUGAUGAAGAUUUUGGCGGGAAAUCUUGGGGUUAGAGAGGACAAGCAUUUGGAGGAGAGAAGGAUCAUUUUUCAACCAACAUUGGGUGCAUGCAUGCGUGUUAACUAUUACCCAAAAUGCCUCCAGCCGGACUGCACCCUAGGCCUUUCUUUGCCCAGGCGGUAUGAGAAUGUCUUCGGCCUCCAAGUCCUACACGGCGACACCUGGAUCACUGUUAAGCCCCAACCCAACAACUUCAUUGUCAACAUAGGCGACCAGCUUCAGAUACUGAGUAAUGCAAAUUAUAAAAGCGUGGAGCAUCGUGCGAUCAUGAAUUCGGCCAAGGAGAGGGUAUCAAUGGCAUUCGCCGGAGCAGCCGCUGCGCUACUCGCCCACCACUUAUAA